AUGAAUCCAGCAAACCCAGGCAGCUUCAAUCACCGAACGGCCAAACUUUCGACUGGAAGGACGUACCACUUCAUCGACCAAUCUCCGGCGGAUGUAUCUCGGAAUGCUCCGACAAUUCUCUGUUUGCAUGGCUUUCCCGAUUUGUGGUAUGGCUGGCGGUUUCAGAUUGCGCCUUGGAACCGAGCAGGAUAUCGCGUAGUGGUCCCGGACUUGCUCGGUUAUGGCGGGACAGACAUGCCUGGCGAAGUAGAGGCCUACUCUUCCAAGAACAUCUGCCGCGACCUCGCUGCUUUACUUGAUUUCCUGGGUAUUUCUAAAGCGAUUGUUGCAGGCCACGACUGGGGUGCCUUUACUGCCGCGCGCUUUGCUCUCUGGCAUCCAGACAGACUUUCAGCGCUUGUGAUCGUCUCAGUUCCCUUCACUCCGCCAGCUCCUCACUACCGGGCCCCCGAAGAGGCUGCCAAGAUCUACCCAGACUUUGGUUACCAAGUGUACUUUGCUGACCCGAGGUCAAGCUCUGAAAUCGAGUCCGAUCUUUCCUUCUUCUUUCGCUUGCUCUUCCGCAACGGCAAUCCAGUCGGUUGGUCUAAAUUAGGCGAACUCAAGGGUUUGAUGAGUAACAUCCAAAAAGUGGAUCUUCCGACGCAGGGCUUGAUCCUCACUGAAGAGGAACACAAGUACUAUAUCAGUCAGUUUCAGCGCGGUAUCAAUGGGCCCCUAUCGUACUAUCGCACCGGCAGGCAUCGGUUCGAGGAGGAAAAAGCGGGUCGUCUGCCUAGUAGCCUUCCGAAGGAACUUCCGGUGCUGUUCAUCUAUGGCACUGUCGAUCAGACAUGCCCUCCGCCUGCGGUCAAGAGCAUGCACAAGUUUAUUCCGAAUCUCGAUGACGUAGCGCUCCCCAACGUUGGCCACUGGGCUCUGCUAGAAGAGCCGAAGAAAGUCGCCGAAAUUGUUGAACAAUGGCUGAAGAAGAAUGGUCAAGCACCUGAGGCUAGAUCGCGCCUGUAG